AACGUUAAGAACGCUAGUCGGUGCAUUUUAUUGAAUGUGUGUGAUGUAAAUUAAAAGUCUUUCUUUCUAUUUCGCAUUUAAAAUACGUGUGUGCUCAUGCUCGAAUCAUAUUCACUCUGAGAUAUUGUUCACAUACUGAGAAAACACAGCGUUUUAACCCAAUCAACAAUAAAUACACACACGUUUAUACUAUUGUUACACAAGAAAGCCAAUAGAUUUAAAACAUUGUUGUUGUUGCCUGCCAUAUUAUUCAAAUCGAUUCGGUAUUAUGAGCAUUUGGAGUGUACGAUGUUUCUGUCUCAGGUUUUGUCGGCAGGCGCAUAUAUUGGCCAACAGACGAAUCAUACCUCCACCGCAACGACUUCCACUGGCCGUCAAUGGCAUCAUUCGGCCGGCACACAACAGUUUAUAUCAAAUGGGAUAUGCCGACACAAGAUCACACUCCACUGCCCAGGAUGUGCUCAAAUCAUCACAGUGUGACAAACAGCCCGAGAAAAUGAACGAUCCUUGCAAACAGCCAACAGAUCCUUGCGAGGAAUUUGAUCGCUUGCGUCGCGAGUCAGCAGACGAAAUGUUUGGGGCUGGUGCCGGAAGCGGAGCCGGAGGUGGACGUGGAGCCGGUGGUGCUGGUGACGGAGACGAUGGAAAAAAGUCAGCUGAGGAAAGAGACAAGCAACUCAAGCUGCGAUGCAUUGUUGGAGCACUGGGUGCCCUGCUGGCUGGUGGCUUUAUUGCCUGGCUGCUGUCGCGUGACAGCAAAAAGGCCACCGGCGAUGGCACUGGGGGCCAAGAAAAUCCAGAGGAAGCUCUGAAACGGGCAAAGAUUUCUGGACUAAUAACGACUCCCCGCAGUUCCGAGCAGCUGCCAAAAUCAGUGCCGUACUUGAUUAUUGGCGGUGGCACCGCUGCCUUCUCUGCGUUCCGUGCCAUCAAAUCGAAUGAUGCUCGCGCCAAAGUGUUGAUGAUCAGCAACGAAUAUCGCAAGCCCUACAUGCGACCUCCUCUCUCCAAAGAACUGUGGUAUACUCCCAAUCCCAACGAGGAUCCCAUUAAAGACUAUCGCUUCAAGCAAUGGACAGGAUCUGAGCGCAGCUUGUACUUUGAGCCCGAGGAGUUCUUUGUGGAUCCCGAGAAACUGGAGAGCAGUGCCAACGGAGGCAUAGCUGUCGCUCAAGGAUUCGCCGUGAAAAAGGUGGAUGCACAGAAUCGCAUUGUCACAUUAAACGAUGGCUAUCAGAUUGCAUAUGAUGUGUGUCUAAUUGCCACGGGAUGUUCACCCAAGGAUCUUCCCGUCUUCCGCGAUGGUCCACCCAGUGUGCGAGAAAAGGUGAUGGUUUAUCGCACACCCGAUGACUUUGAUCAACUGCGUCGUUAUGCGCAAGAGAAGCGCUCAAUUACCAUUGUGGGUAAUGGCUUUGUUGGCAGUGAACUUGCCUGUUCGUUGGCCCACUACUCCAAGGAGAAUAACGGCGGUAGAGUGUACCAGGUGUUCCAGGAGAAGGGCAAUAUGUCCAAGAUUCUGCCCAACUAUUUAAGUAAUUGGACCACCCGCAAAAUGGAAGCGCAGGGUGUCUGUGUUAUACCCGAUGCCAGCAUCAAGUCCGCUACACGUGAUGAGUCCCAACUGAAGCUGGAGCUUAACAAUGGUAUGACGCUACUCUCCGACAUUGUCGUCGUCUGUGUCGGCUGCACACCAAACACUGCCAUGGCUGGUCCCUCCAAGCUGGAAGUGGAUCGCAGCUUGGGAGGAUUCGUGGUAAAUGCGGAGCUAGAGGCGCGUCGCAACUUGUAUGUGGCCGGUGAUGCAUCGUGCUUCUUUGAUCCACUGCUUGGACGUAGGCGUGUCGAGCAUCACGAUCAUUCUGUGGUAUCCGGACGGCUGGCAGGUGAAAACAUGACGGGAGCAAAGAAACCAUAUCAACAUCAAAGCAUGUUCUGGUCAGAUUUGGGUCCAGAAAUUGGCUAUGAAGGCAUUGGCUUGGUGGACUCUUCACUGCCCACAGUGGGUGUAUUUGCACUAUCCAGCGAUAGUGAAAAGCGUGCCGAAAAUCAUAGCGAAAUGCUUGCUGAAUCCAAGACCGAUGUGGUUAAAGAGAUUGGCGAUAGUCCAGGUGUCACAUGUGAUCCAAACGAAGAGGCUAACUAUGGCAAAGGUGUCAUAUUUUAUCUGAAGAACGACAAAAUUGUGGGCAUACUAUUGUGGAAUCUAUUCAAUCGCAUUGGCCUGGCCCGAACGAUAAUCAAUCAGAACAAAAACUACGAGGAUCUCAAUGAGGUCGCUAAAUUGUUUGAGAUUCACACGUAGUAGUGUGCCUGAGAAUUGAAGUGGGACUUAAGAACCUACAGCCGAAUGUACAAUCCAAGUGCAUUUGGUGGGGACACUGACGCCAUCAUCCAGCCGCCCAACGUUCCAAGCCUACAGAUUAUGUAUAUAAUAGUAUAUAUAUUAUAUACAUGCAUGUAUGUAACUAAGUAGCACAGACAAAGAGGCACAGUGCAACAGAAAUUUAGUGUUAAUUUUAUUAUUUUGGAAUAAAUAGUUGUUUUUUAGUCAAAGACAAUUAACCGAGUGAUGGACACACCUGUUGAGUUUGCGGCCUUGAACAAAAUCACUUAACUUAAUGAUUAUAAGCAAUAUUUGAUUAAAUCACAUGUCAACAUUA